CGCGCCCGGGACGUAGGACUCCCGUGAGCGGGGCGGGGGGAGGGGAGCGGAGCGGCGCCAUGUCGGUGGCGUUCGUGCCCGAGCGGCUCCGCGGGAAGGCGGAAGUGAACCAGGAGACGCUGCAGCGGCUGCUGGAGGAGAACGACCAGCUGAUCCGCGCCAUCGUGGAGUACCAGAGCAAGGGGAGAGCCACCGAGUGUGUGCAGUACCAGCACAUCCUGCACAGGAACCUGAUUUAUCUAGCUACUAUUGCCGAUACAGCUCCACCCAACGGACAGAGGACCGCGGACUGAGCGUGCAGCUUUGGACACGGUGCAAAUGCUCGUAGGAGAUGUGGACGUAUGACUGAGUUGCGGCGUAGUCAGGCCAGGAGGAACCUGCUGAAGGAUCAGAAGCGCUCUCAUUUUCGUUAAUAACUGGCUACAGCAAACUUUUAUUAGGAUCCCAGGGGCACCUGGAGAAGGUCCCACAAGAAUUGGGUUCUCCAAUUCAUCAAGAUUGUGUUGGCUUCCUUGAGGCUAGAAGUAGGAAAGCAAGUAAAAAUGGCCCCUGUACCCCCUUCCCCUGGCUUUUGUUAAUAGUGAUCUUCUUGGAAAAUAAGCCCACUUCCAUGCAGCACCUUAAAAGUUGGGAAUAAUGACACUUGUUGCUAGAGGUGUGUCUUGACUAUUAAAAGCUGAUGCAGCAGCCAUGAGAAAACAGAUACAGGGAAGUAUCAAGGAUUUGCUACAGAUGGCCUUUAAUCUUGCUGUACAAAUCUGCAAGUCGCUCACUCCCUCUUCCAGUACCAGUUACCAAAAUGUGAACUAGGAUUGAUGCCCACCAGUCUCAUGAGUUGUGUAAACUCACCUUGAGGGUUCCUUCAGUGCUCACAGCAGUUCUGAAAAUCUCCAGAAAAUGAUAAGAGUUGCUCUGGCUACUAGAUGUUGGAGAGUAAUAUUUAGCUAAAAGUCUCUUACUGCCACAGUCUAUCCCACUUGUCACAGCACAAACACAUGGUGUGUGACUGUCUGUAGAGAGCUGAUUAUCAGUGGUCAAAGGCAGGAAAGUUUCAGCUUGCUAUUUCUCCUCGCUUAACUAAGCUGUCUCUGCAUCUCCUGUUGCAGGGGUGUCAAACUCGUUUGGGUUAGUGUUACAUAUCUAAAUUGGGCUUCUCACAGGCCAGGCAGCCCACCUCUGGCACUAGCAUUAACUCUUGCAUGCUGACUGCAGACAGAGCAGCUGAGGUAUUAAACCUUGCAACUGCUUCAGCUUCUGCGUUGAUGUGGGGUUAUCACUGCUGCAAGGCAGACAGCAGCAGCUUCAACUCCUGAGGUGCUGCCCCCGACAGAGUUUCUGGCCCCGUGGGCCAGAUCUGAAGGUGGGUCUAUCAGACUACAAGAAGCCCCUAGGCUGGAUGUUUGAAAGCUCUCUCCUGUUGAGUUUGCAAGUGCAGGUCCUAUAGUAAGAUUGCUACUUUACUUACUUACUUACCUAAAGACAAGGUUGCAGAAAUGUAACUGGAAGACAUUUAUGGAAGUUGUGAAAUUUUCCUUUAUCACCCUCCUAUAAGCAGUUACAUGCAUUGCAUCUUUAUAUUUCGGAGACUGCCUCCAUUGCUGUUUUCAUGGAACAGGAUUCAGACCUUAAUAGGUGGUCAUUCCACUUGCAAGUAAUUGUUAUUUAUCAGUUCUGGUAUAGAAUAGGAUAGGCAUUCAUUAAACUCAUUAAACUUAAUGGAAAUACUUGCAUCGAAAUGUGUUUCUUACCUUCCUAACAGCAAAUUUAGAGCCAAUGUGUACAGACACAUUGUCUCGCACAUUUGCAGCAAUGCAGUCAACUUACAGGAUACAUUGCAAUAUGACCCUGUUUUCCUGAAUGCAAGUUCUUCCUAAAAAACACAAGCAUAUUUAGGAUUUGUAUGAUACACUGUGAUCCUGCAGCUACAAAAAAACCUCCCUAGAGAUAAACCUGACUAGGAUUUCAAAGUAUAGAACUGAAGGAUUGCAUCUCCCCUACCAAACUUGAAAGCUUAAAAUCCUAGAUUCAAAAAGUUUUAUAAUUUUUUAAGAAACAGAUUGAAGUAAUUUAACCUUUUCCAGAAAUCAUAGGUAGAUAUUGGGCAUUUAUAGAGAAUUUUGGUAAGUGAUACCUUGUCCAUAUAUAUUUCUAUAAGGGAAUACUGUGGCAAACAAGUGGAGAAAAAUCCAGUCUGCUUAUGUGUUAAUCUGUUCCAAAUGCCAUAUAUUGGAUAUCUUGUAAAUAAACAAGUUCUGGUAACAAACACCUCUGAAUCCAUUUUGUCGUCAGAUCCAAUCUCAUCCAGUUUUUAUAACUUUUCUGUUUAGAUGUGUUGGCAAAAGAGAUGCACAUACCUGAAACCUAUGAAAUACAGCUAUUCGGUUUCUCAGUUGUAUAUUAAACGCUUCCUGUUUGUUAAACAAAUAGCAAAACUUAGUAUAUGCUGGCAUGGGACUUUAUUUUUGUUGGAAAUCAAAGGUAACUUGCCAUUUCUUAUUCAUGUGAACUCUGCUUGAUGACAGCGAUUUAAUCUGUAUGCUUGCUGCUGAAGUACAAAAUGCUAUCCUGUGCAGUACAGCAGUGGUAACUUCCAAAUUGGCUAAUGAGUAAUCAUUAACCCUAGUGGCAAAGCAGCCCAAAAAUCAAUUGUAGGGGAAGGUAUUGGGUUCUUCACUGUGUACUAUUUAAUUUACUGCCUAUUUAAUGUAUCUUACUACCGUCAAUUAGUUAAAUAAUUCUGUAUUAAUGAAGUAGUAUCUUUGUUCACAAAUUGAAGUUACAUCUUCAGGUCCUCCUUAUUUUCCAUGGGGUGCAGGUUUUAAACAGGUCUGAUCUAUUAGUAAAUAUAUCUCUUUAAUAAAGCAAAGUUUUGUUUUGUU